AUGGCUGAAGAGCAAGACGGCCCAGGAAAGCCUUAUCUACAGGAUUCAUCCGUCAGCGAAAAUGUGUCGACUUCGAGUCUCGGUGUCCAGGAAACACAUAUAUUACAAGAGCGCAGGAUAGGCGUCUUUGGUGCCAUUUCCCUCAUCGUGAAUAAGAUUAUUGGAUCCGGUAUAUUUUCUACCCCGACCACCAUCUUCAAGCUGAGUGGGAGCCCUGGUAUGGCCCUUAUGCUUUGGGUCAUCGCUGGUCUGAUAUCAACAUGUGGAGCCAUGGUCUUGUUGGAGUUCGGCACCAGCAUUCCACGUUCAGGAGGAAUGAAAACCUCGGCCAGCAAUGCUAUUACAGCAUCCUCAUACUUGCUGAAGGCUGCAGCAGUGGAGUCAACAACUUGGAAGCUCCGAGGGUUAGCUAUCGCCGCCGUCUCAUUUGCAGUUGGAGUGCAUAGUGUGGCGCCACGGCUGGGAAGAGGCUUGCAGGAUGUUAUGAGUGCGGUAAAGCUCUUCACUCUACUGUUUAUUGUGUGUACAGGAUUUGCGGCGUUGGGAGGCCAUGUUCAAGUCAAAGCAAAUAAUUUUGACCCUUCAAAUUCCUUCAAAGGGACGUCUAACAAUGGCUAUAAUAUCGGCACCGCCUUGUUGGAUGCAAUCUUUUCCUUUCAGGGCUACGACAACUUAAAUGCGGUCUUGUCAGAAGUCAAGAACCCGCAACGAACUCUUCGGAUUGCCCUCCCUACCGCGAUGGGCAUGGUGACUCUUCUUUAUAUUCUAGCCAAUGUAGCUUAUUUUGCCGGCGUUCCGAGAGAAGAGUUUCUCAGCUCAGAUCUGACCAUCGCUGCUUCGCUUUUCAACAAUGUCUUCGGUCAUUCUGCCGCCGUAAAAGCCUUACCUGCAUUAGUAGCAAUUUCUGCUAUCGGCCAUCUUCUAAGCGUUGCGUUUACUGAAUUGGCAAAGGAUGGCGUCACCCCCUUUCCAAAUAUCUUGAUGCAGAAUCGCCCUUUCAAAACGCCCCUUGUCUGUCUUGCUGUGCACUUGGGAGUGACUAUCGCCUUCAUAUGUGCCCCUCCCGCCGGCGAUGCUUUUGAUUUCGUCGUGGGCCUCGGCACUUAUCCUAGCGUAUUUCUCUUGACACUCGUCACGAUCGGCCUGAUCAAGUUACGAAUUAAGAAUGAGAACUUCCAAUCAUCUUUCACUGUCCCAUGGGCGGUGCUCGCAUUCUAUCUUGCGGGAAAUAUUUUCCUUCUGGUCAUGCCGUUUGUCCCGCCUGUCAAUGGACAAGGAAGCACCAGCCUUCCGUAUUAUCUUUCGCCGGUUGUUGCGCUAGCUAUCCUUGCCCUGGGAGUCAUAUAUUACGUUGGUCGAUUUGUCUUACUCCCCUGGAUUUUCAAAUACGAGCUUGAUCUAGUGGAAGUGGGCCUGAGCGAUGGAUCACGAGUUUCGCGAUACAAAGCAAGGAAAUCCCCUUGA